AUGGAGCUUCCACCCUCAGAUGAUCUCUUCACGGCAGAACCUCAGCUUGCUCCCACUAUGAUAUUCUUGGAUCUGGACAACACACUGUUCGAUCACCGGCAGUCUCUUAAAUACGCCCUAGCCGCCGUACAAAGCAUAAUCCCGUCUCUCCGUGAAAUCACGUCGGACGACCUUGCUGAGAAGUACAACGAAGCCCUAAAUCAUGUUUACGGCAGAUAUCUCCGAAAUGAGAUAGCAGACGAAGACCAAAACGCAGAGAAAGUCAAGCUCUUCUUCAAGAGUCUAGACCUUGAAGAACCAGACUCCGAAUGUAUCGCGCGUUUUCGAAGUGUAUACAAAAGGAUAUACAGAACGAGCCGAGAAGCUACGCCGGGGAGCAUCCAGACUCUAAGAAGGCUUCGGGACAAUGGCUAUCGAACUGCCAUUAUCACCAAUGGCCCGACUGGAAGCCAGAUAGAAAAGGCCAAAGCCAUUGGUGUAUUUGAUCUCGUUGAGUGUCUUAUCACAUCAGAAGAAGCUGGCCAUCCUAAGCCUGACGUCAGGAUCUUCCAGUAUGCCAUGCAAAAGCUACGAGUAAAUACGAAGAACGUGUACAUGGUUGGCGAUUCUGUCAAGGCAGAUGUUAAGGGUGCUCUCGGUGCAAAUAUCACGCCCAUCUUGUACUCCCCUUCUUCCAACAAAUCGUUGGAAAUGUUUUUUGGAAGAGAGGUUUCUGUUAUCCGUCAUUUCGACCAGCUACCUAUGAUUCUGGAGCCCCCAUUGGAUUCCAGCUGGGAAUGA